GGAAGUCAAGUCGGGACUUUUACGCAAGCUAAGAGUCUUGUCUGAGUACGAACACAUUGGUCACCCACAAAAGAAAGUAGACCUUUUCUUUAUUUUUUAUGUCAAAUAACCAGAUCGGGUUUUCUGUUUAACUUCGGCUACAAUGGGGCGAAGUCGGUCCCGCAGCAGAUCUCCAGAGAGCUCUGGGAGUAGGUGUAGAAAAGAGAGAAGAUCAUCAAAGAAACGUCGUAGAUCCAGCUCUUCGUCCUCCAGCUCCAGCAGUAGUGCGAGUCCAAGCCGUCACAAGAAACAUGGAUGUGGUUCUAGCAAGAGCCAAAGUGCAGAGCGCAGAUCAGAGAAGAAUAAGCAGAAAAGAAAACACCGUUCUUCCUCUUCAUCAAGCAGCUCAUCAUCUUCAUCUUCAUUCAGUGAUGAAGAGUCCAAGAAGAGAAAGCAUAAAAAGGCCAAGAAGCAAUUGAAGAAAAUGAGAGCAAAGGAAAAAAAGAGGGAGAAAAAAGAGAAGAAAAGGCUUAAGAAGAUGAAGAAGUUAGCAGCGAAGGCUGAAGCAGCAGCAAAUAAAGCUCCGUUGAUGAUCCCUGUUCCAGUACCUGUUCAAAUAGAAAAACCAGACUCAUACUUAAAGACCUGGCAAAGUGAUGAUGCCACAGAACAUGGUCCUGUGAUGACCGAUGAACAGAAGGCCAGUUUUUCCACCAAGAGGCCCCUUACAAAAGAGGAGUAUGAAGCCAGACAGAGUGUCAUCCGGCGAGUUGUUGACCCUGAGACAGGACGUACCAGGCUUGUGAGAGGAGAUGGAGAGAUUUUAGAAGAGAUUGUCAGCAAGGAGAGGCAUAAAGAAAUCAAUAAGCAAGCAACCAAGAGAGAUGGUGACUCAUUCCAGAAGAGACUUGGGGUUAACAGGUAGAGAAACACUUAACUGCCUCACUGGACAAAAAAAACUAUAUCCAGAUGGACUUAAGCCCAAACCCCAUGGAAUCUCAAGAAAGCAUCAUAUGUUCAUGUGAAUAAACAGUGUUUUCAUGAGUGUAAAAUUGUCUAAUAUGUGUUCCAGAUGUACAUCCUAGUUAUGGUUUAAAGAUUGUCUGAAUAUUGUUGUUUAUUUCUGCUUUGUAGUCAUACAGACCAGCAAAUACAUUAUGAAAAAAUACCACUUGGCAUGAUCAUUUGUUUUACUACCAGUGUAUAGCCCUAUUCAUUAUUGUGUGACUGAUUUUUGGUGGUCAGUAGUAGAGCAUCCAUGAAAUUGGAGGACAUGCUAGCAAAGCCCUGAUAGGACAAGAUGAAUAUGAAUUUAGUCUUUGAUAGGACAGUUUACAUAAGAAAUUUGGUGUUCAUGAUAAUCAUGUUUGGGAAAACAUUUAUAUGCUUUGAGAGCUCAUGGGUUUGUCUAAAAUUAUGUAUUUGAGGAGUGGAAUCCAAUACAUUUAACCCCCUAGGAUUGCAUAAUGUUAAUUAGUUAAAAUAAUGUGGUUUAUUUUUCCAGGCAAAUAUAUGAAAUUUAUAAUUAUUUUUUAAUUAUUGUGUUUGGAACAUACCAUUGCAGAAUAAACUAACCUUGAUAAAACUUCA